CCUGCGGUGGAACUGGGCAGUGCGCAGGAGUCGGCCUGAAAAGCGGCUUUGCGUGUGAGCCUUACAUUUGACCCAGCUGAGCUGAGGUUUUCAUCGAUUAUCUUAUUUAGAUAAGACAUUGCAACAAACAAGGAGACAUGAAGACUUUUUAUUUGGCAGUGAGAGCUGAAGCUGAAAGAUCCAGGGGCUGAUGAGGCCACGUGCAAGCAAAAGUUUGGGGUCCAUGGCUAAUGAAACGCAGAAGGUUGGUGGCAUCCAUUUUCCUUUUCCCUUCACGCCCUAUUCCAUCCAGAAAGACUUCAUGGCAGAGCUGUACCGGGUUUUGGAGGCUGGCAAGAUUGGGAUAUUUGAGAGUCCAACUGGCACUGGAAAGUCCUUAAGUCUUAUUUGUGGGGCCCUCUCCUGGCUCCGUGACUUUGAGCAGAAGAAGCGUGAAGAAGAGGCACGGCUCCUUGAAACUGGAACUGGCCCCUUACGUCAUGAGAAAGACGAAUCCCCAUGUCUGUCAUCUUCCUGCGAAGUGGCCUCAGGCACCCCGAGGCCUGCUGGAGAACCAGCCUGGGUGACUGAGUUUAUGCAGAAGAAAGAAGAGAGGGACCUGGUGGAACGACUAAAGGCGGAGCAGGCCAGGAGGAGGCAGCGAGAAGAACACCUGCAGCAGCUGCAGCACAGGGCACAGCUCAAGUAUGCAGCCAAGCGCCUGAGGCAGGAACAAGAAGAAACAGAGAAUCUCCUCCGCCUCAGCAGGGAGAUGCUGGAGACAGGCUCCGGGGCUGAGCGGCUGGAGCAGCUGGAGUCUGGGGAGGAGGAGCUGGUCCUUGCCGAAUACGAGAGUGACGAGGAGAAAAAAGCAGGGAGCAGAGUGGAUGAGGAUGAGGAUGACCUGGAGGAAGAACAUGUAACUAAGGUUUAUUACUGUAGUCGGACACACUCCCAGCUGGCCCAGUUUGUGCAUGAGGUGAAGAAGAGCCCCUUUGGCAAGGACGUCCGGCUGGUCUCCCUCGGCUCCCGGCAGAACCUUUGUGUAAACGAAGAUGUGAAAAGUCUAGGUUCUGCGCAGCUUAUCAACGACCGCUGCGUGGACAUGCAGAGAAGCAGGCACGAGAAGAAGAAAGGAGCUGAGGAGGAGAAGCCAAAGAGAAGGAGGCAGGAGAAGCAGGCUGCCUGCCCCUUCUACAACCACGAGCAGAUGGACUUCCUCCGGGAUGAGGCCCUGGCAGAGGUGAAGGACAUUGAGCAGCUGCUGGCCCUUGGGAAGGAGGCCCGGGCCUGUCCCUAUUAUGGAAGCCGCCUUGCCAUCCCUGCAGCCCAGCUGGUGGUGCUGCCCUAUCAGAUGCUGCUGCAUGCAGCCACUCGACAGGCUGCGGGCAUCCAGCUGCAGGACCAGGUGGUGAUCAUCGACGAGGCACACAAUCUGAUCGACACCAUCACAGGCAUGCACAGCGUGGAGGUCAGCGGCUCCCAGCUCUGCCAGGCCCAUUCCCAGCUGCUGCAGUACAUGGAGAGAUACAGGAAGCGUUUGAAGGCCAAGAACCUGAUGUACCUGAAACAGAUCCUGUAUUUGCUGGAGAAAUUUGUGGCCAUGCUGGGAGGGAACAUUAAGCAAAACCCCAAUACACAGAGCCUCUCACAGACAGGGACGGAGCUGAAGACCAUCAACGACUUCCUCUUCCAGAGCCAGAUCGACAACAUCAACCUGUUCAAGGUGCAGCGGUACUGUGAGAAGAGCAUGGUCAGCAGAAAGCUCUUUGGCUUCACGGAACGGCACGGAGCAGUGCUGUCAUCUCGGGAGCAGCCCAGAUUGGCUGGGUUUCAGCAGUUCCUACAGAGCCUGCAGCCCAAGGCAACUGAAGCCCCUGCAGAUGAGAGUCAGGCCAGCGCCCCGCGACCAGCUUCCCCACUGAUGCAUAUCGAAGGCUUCUUGGCAGCUCUCACUACGGCCAACCAAGAUGGCAGGGUCAUCCUGAGCCGCCAGGGCAGCCUCAGUCAGAGCAGCCUUAAGUUCUUGCUCCUGAAUCCAGCUGUGCACUUUGCGCAGGUGGUGAAGGAAUGCCGGGCAGUGGUCAUUGCAGGGGGCACCAUGCAGCCGGUGUCUGACUUCCGACAGCAGCUGCUGGCCUGUGCCGGGGUGGAACCUGAGCGCGUGGUGGAGUUUUCCUGUGGUCACGUGAUCCCUCCGGACAACAUCCUGCCCCUUGUCAUCUGCAGCGGGAUCUCCAACCAGCCACUGGAAUUUACAUUCCAGAAAAGAGAGCUGCCCCAGAUGAUGGACGAGGCGGGUCGCAUCCUCUGUAACCUGUGUGGUGUGGUUCCUGGAGGGGUGGUAUGUUUCUUCCCCUCCUACGAGUACCUACGCCAGGUCCACACCCACUGGGAGAAGGGUGGUCUGCUGGACCGCCUGGCAGCCAGGAAAAAGAUAUUCCAGGAGCCUAAGAGCACACACCAGGUGGAGCAGGUGCUGCUGGCCUAUUCCAGGUGCAUUCAGGGCUGUGGUCAGGAGAGAGGCCGGGUGACAGGGGCGCUGCUCCUCUCUGUGGUUGGAGGAAAGAUGAGUGAAGGGAUCAACUUCUCUGACAAUCUAGGCCGGUGUGUAGUGAUGGUGGGCAUGCCCUUCCCCAACAUCAGGUCUCCAGAGCUGCAGGAGAAGAUGGCCUACUUGGAUCAGACCCUUCCCAGAGCCCCAGGCCAGGCGCCCCCAGGGAAGGCUCUGGUGGAGAACCUGUGCAUGAAGGCCGUCAACCAGUCCAUAGGCAGAGCCAUCAGGCACCAGAGGGAUUUUGCCAGCAUAGUGCUCCUGGACCAGCGAUACGCCCGGCCCCCUGUCCUGGCCAAGCUGCCGGCCUGGAUCCGAGCCCGCGUGGAGGUCAAAGCUGCCUUUGGCCCUGCCAUUGCUGCCGUGCAGAAGGUCAGUCCUGCCUUUUCCUUUCCCAAGAGCCUUCCUUUGCCGAGAUCACAUUUCUCACUGCCCUCUGUCUGCCUAGUUUCACCGGGAGAAGGCAGCCUCUUCCUGACGGGCACCACACCACUGCCUGGCGCUGUGCCCUUCCUUUGCCCGCCUGCUGGAGACGGUGUUUGUCAUGGGCCUGGUCUGCAGGGAUCCUGCUACAAAGGUGAAAGCCAGGAGAAAGGGUGGAGUCCAGAGUGCUGCCAGGACCCAGGCGCAGGCAUUAGCUCCCACCAGAGAAAAUGGGGCAAUCCCGAAGAAACAGUGGGUCCUGGCUGUCCUGGGGGCCUUCCAGGGUAGCUCCCUCCAGGAAUAGAAUCUUUCUUUCCAUCCUGCAUGGCCGAGAGGCAGGCUUCCUGCCUGGUCUCUGCAGGAGACUGUGGCAACUGUGUGGCCUUCACUGGGGCACCUCUGUCCUGCCUACCUUCUUAGAGGUGAGAUGGAGCAGGCCCGUCUGCCUCUGCCCUUUCCAGCCAAAGUUAGCUCCCCUGGACAGCUCACUCUCUGGGCUCAAUUUAAAAUGAUCCCAUGGCCACAGGGCUUCUGCCCAGGGGCUUGUCACCUUCCCCAUCUUCCUGAGUUACUCUUGUGUGUGGUGGGUGGGAGUGGUGUCACCCCCAGGGCUGAUACAGCCGGGCCUUCCCGGCUGUGCUGGCAUCUCCUGGCCCCUCCAGAGGCUGGGAUGCCCCCACCAUACCUUUUUGAUCUCCCUGUGGUGUUAUCUGGACCCCUGCUGCUGGAUUUGGCCAUGAAGCCUCCUGGUCUGGAUCCAAAGCCUGGCAGUGUCUUUUCCAAGGGAAAAGACCUAUAGCCCUGCUCCUAACCGGCCCCACAGCCCUGCCUGGAUUUGUUAUCUCCCUGGCUUGGCGCCAGUUCCUCCAAGUCAGUAGCCCCUCCCUCCCUCUCAACCACUGGAGCAAACUCCAAGACACCUACCCCGACACCGGGAAUGAUGCCAAGGGCCAUUGGGCUCUCAGCAUGCCUAUUUCUAGAGACCUCAUGUUGUCACUGAGACCUUUUUUCCUGUGGGAAAAUGUCCCUCCCACCUGCAACAGCUGCCCCUGCUGACCACUUGUCUUUUGCAUCUGACCCCAGAGAGAGGGGCCUUGGUCUGCUGGGAUCUUCUGCCCCCAUUGCCUAGAGACAAACAGGGGCAAGAGGGAAGUCACUGAUCCCAGGUGUUUGCAUCCUGCAUAGUUACAGGUCCUUAAUUAAAAGUGCACUGUUGGUUUCUGCUCA